AUGGGAGUGGCAACAUCUUUCUGUUUAGUCUUAUGGGAUUUAGAUUCAACUUCAGAUAAGGAAUUUCCAGAAUCGGAGUUAUUAUCUGAAGAAUUGUUAUUGAAAGUGUUUGUAUCUGAACCUGAAUCUAUAGCAACCUUAUUAACACUGCCUCUUUUUUUGGAUCUACUCUUUGAUCUUUUCUUAUAA